GAAAGAGGAGUGGGAGCGCAGGAGGACGACCGUCACACAGGAGCAGAGCAGCAGCGCUGGAGGAACGCAUCCAAACAUUUCAUCCUUUACACCAAAGCGAGGCCUUUCUAUACGUAUAUUCUUUCGGAUUUUUGCAGACAAGUGUUGCGCGUUAUCUGAGGAAAGCGGACUCGUCUUCACCGAUUAUCCGUCAGCUUUUCGGAAAUAACCAAGGAGUUGUUUUCCACUCCCCGAGCGCAAGGUUUGCAUCGUGGCUCUUUCAGAAGUGGCAUGUUCGAGGGAUACCGCGGACACAAUUGAACUCCUGCUUUCACCCAAAGAGGAUUCAAUGAAAAUGUCCGUGUGUGUCCAUGAGAACCGAAAAUCCCGAGCCAGCACUGGCUCGAUGAACAUCUACCUGUUCCACAAGUCCUCCUAUGCCGAUAGUGUCCUCAUGCACCUCAACUCGUUGCGGCAGCAACGUCUUUUCACAGACGUCCUGCUUCAUGCAGGUAGCCGCUCCUUCCCCUGCCAUCGGGCCGUGCUGGCUGCCUGCAGCCGCUACUUUGAGGCCAUGUUCAGCGGCGGGCUGAGGGAGAGCCAGGCCAGUGAGGUCGACUUCCGUGACUCCAUCCACCCGGAGGUUUUAGAGCUCCUGCUGGAUUAUGCAUACUCAUCACGUGUGGUCAUCAACGAGGAAAACGCAGAGUCACUGUUGGAGGCUGGGGACAUGCUAGAGUUUCAAGACAUCCGGGAUGCCUGUGCUGAAUUCCUAGAGAGAAACCUUCACCCAACUAACUGCCUUGGCAUGCUGUUGCUGUCUGACGCUCACCAGUGCACCAAGCUGUCAGAGCUCUCCUGGGGUAUGUGCCUCAGCAACUUUCCCGCUAUUUGCAAGACAGAGGACUUCCUCCAACUGCCCAAAGAUAUGGUGGUGCAGCUUUUGUCACAUGAGGAGCUAGAGACAGAAGAUGAGAGACUGGUUUAUGAAGCUGCUCUUAACUGGAUCAACUAUGACCUGGAAAAGAGACACUGCCACCUUCCUGAGCUCCUGAGAACGGUCCGCCUGGCCUUGCUGCCUGCCAUCUUUCUCAUGGAGAACGUGUCUACAGAAGAGCUGAUCAACGCAAAGCCCAAAAGCAAAGAGCUUGUGGAUGAAGCUAUCCGCUGUAAGUUGAAGAUCCUGCAAAACGAUGGCGUCGUCAACAGCCCGUGUGCUCGACCAAGAAAGACCAGCCAUGCCUUAUUUCUUCUGGGAGGGCAGACUUUCAUGUGCGACAAGUUGUACCUGGUGGACCAGAAAGCCAAAGAGAUCAUCCCCAAGGCCGACAUUCCCAGCCCCAGGAAGGAGUUCAGCGCCUGCGCCAUCGGAUGUAAGGUGUACAUCACUGGUGGGAGAGGCUCAGAGAAUGGUGUCUCCAAAGAUGUGUGGGUCUACGACACCGUCCAAGAGGAAUGGUCAAAGGCAGCACCCAUGCUCAUUGCCAGGUUUGGCCAUGGCUCUGCAGAGCUGAAACACUGCCUCUACGUGGUAGGAGGUCACACGGCAGCAACUGGCUGCCUCCCAGCUUCUCCGUCUGUAUCGCUCAAACAGGUGGAGCAGUUUGACCCAGUGGCAAACAAGUGGACCAUGGUGGCUCCUUUGAGAGAGGGUGUGAGCAAUGCAGCAGUGGUCAGCGUCAAGCUCAAGCUCUUUGCCUUUGGAGGAACCAGCGUCACCCACGACAAGUUGCCCAAGGUGCAGUGCUACGAUCCGCAGGAGAACCGAUGGUCUGUGCCCGCGUCCUGCCCGCAGCCGUGGCGCUACACAGCCGCCGCCGUGCUGGGGAACCAGAUCUUUGUCAUGGGCGGGGAUACAGAGUUCUCAGCAUGCUCGGCUUAUAAGUUCAGCAGUGAGACAUACCAGUGGACUAAAGUGGGCGACGUGACGGCCAAGCGGAUGAGCUGCCAGGCGGUGGCAUCGGGGAACAAACUGUAUGUGGUGGGUGGGUACUUUGGCACACAGCGGUGUAAAACUCUUGACUGCUAUGACCCCACGUUGGAUGCUUGGAACAGCAUCACUACCGUGCCAUACUCGCUCAUUCCCACUGCUUUCGUCAGCACCUGGAAACAUCUGCCUGCUUGAGCCCAAAACCCUCUACCUACACCCUUUCCAUGAGAUUUCCCUCUUUUGCAUCAUCUACUGGACUCCAACUGUGAAGAAGCACACGUUAUCUUCCUCUAAAAGAGACGCUGAGCAGUGAUGUACAGACACCCGCAUUCAUCUUGAUGUUGCAAAGAUGCAGAAAGCUGGAUAUUUUACUGGAAUGAUGUCUACUUUUAUUUCCAUAAAGGACGCUGAGGCCUACAGGGCAGUAGCUUACGCAAACAAACCAAACAAACUGCUGCUUGUUUUAUGAGGCACAAACUCCAACCUUGUGUACAUCUGGCAUAUGCGUUCAUGCUGCCAUACGAGGACUGCAAACAUAUCACACAACCUGCAUUCUUCCCAUUUAGUCAUGACAGGCUUGUGAGAAUGUGCAUUGAUGUUUUUCUCUACGAUAAAAAAAAUUUGAAAAAGAAUUCUCUUUUCAUCGAGGCUGCAAUGUAUAGCAUGAUAUUCUAUUUAGAAUGAGGGAGGGAGAAUGCAAGGAUUGGUGUGCUAUAGGAAAAAAACUCAGUUUAACUGAAUAUAGCCGAUUUAUAAAAGGCACAAUGAAGGAGCAAAUCACUUCUUUCUCUUUUCCAAUGAGCUCAUUUGUUUGACCCCUUUAUAUCUUCUAUUUUCUUCUUUCAAAGCCGUGCUUCUAACAGCUCUGACACACAAACUAACCUUCCAGUGUUCCUCUUAUGAAGGCUUUGGCAGUUUGCUGUCACUGCAAGCUGCGAGGUGUUGACGACCAACACCAGCUGAGGUUGAGGAGGAUGGAGGGGAUCUGUGCGUGGCAGGUGGGGGUUUGAGGUGCCUCGUGGUCACAAACUUACAUGUUUGCUGUUUUGCAGCUACGCAUUAACACCCGCUGAAUGCCGGCUAACUAGCCCACUAUACACAGGGGCGGUAUUCAGUGUUAGGCUCCAUCGCUUCAGAAAGAACACUGUCACAUUCAGCUGUACACUUAAUGCUGUAAAAGACCGGCUGUGCUUCUGUUAUUCUGAUUAAAAAGCAGUUGCUCGCUUGCUGAGUCAUAGCUGAACCCUUUCUAGAGCAUGUCCACUCAUAGUGAUUCAGUAAAACUGGCAUGAACUCUUCUCAGUGGUCACAUAAAUCUUGUCACCUUAACCUAAACCGAGAAUGAAUCAGUGUCUUUUUAAACUUGCUGCAAUGUAGUCUUAAUUUAUAUGACUUAAAUGAUUACUCUGUUCUGUUAAUAUGUUUAAUCCUAUUUAUUUCUUCUCUGCCUGCAUUCUUAUUUGAAAGUCUAUUUCGGGUUAUGUCAUGCAUGGUCAGGUGUUGUGUUUUAUCUGAUCUCAGUUGGGCUACAUUUUGCACAAUUCAGUCUUUCCAGGAGGAACUUUAAAUUCUUUCAAAAGAGACAAAGGUUAAAUUUUCACAGAGUAUUGAUGGAGGAGGAAGAAUGGCUCGGAUUACUGAGGAUGUGAAGCAGUUUGGGCCACAGGGUCGUUAUCCAAAUAAGAAGACUGAAUGGUGUUGAAAGCAAUUUUCAUUUUUACAUCAGACAGAUUCUCUUUAAACUCUCACCUGGGUCCAGACCUGUCUUAAAUAGACCCGUUGGGGAUUUAUUUUUAUUUAAGAUCUGUGUCUGUUUGUCUUAAAUAGAUCUGUCGGGGGUCCAAACUCUACUAACAAAACACAAAAAUCUGAACCAUAAAACAGAUAAGGCUGCUGGAACGGUGCGGUAUGCGACCCAUAAACUAACCUUGACAUAGUUAAGAAUGCAACCGUCUCUGCAGCUGUCCUUGGGGCAGCUGGAGGACUGUCACAUGUGCUAUCUUGGCUUUUUGAGGUGUUAACCCACAGUCUUCUUCCCCAUUGGGUUGAGAAAUAGUUCCAGAGAAUCCAGUAAGCUGUGCAUUGAUAAGGGCAAACACCGCAGUGCUUUUCACCGUAGUGUCAAUGAUGCACAUAAAAAAGGAAGAAAGAAAACAUUGCAAGUUUUGAAAGACCAAAAAGAGAGAAUGUCUUAAACACUUGCAUAUGAAAUGGUUACUCUAAUCAGUGUUUUGUCUGUAUGUCUGUCUAUGUGACCUGAACAUUGACGUUUUACAAUUGAGUAUUAAUGAAAUCAUUGAAUUUCAAUGUAAGAGGUAAUGUUUCGGUGGAAUAUGUAUAUAUUUUUUCAAAUGUCCUUCUUUGUGGAUUCAUGAAACGAAUCAAAUCUGUGGGGAACAAUUGGUAAACAACUUUGUAAAUUCCUGCUCAGCUCUUUAAGCCACCCACAAGUUCAUCCUUUUAUUGACAAUUUUAAGGACUUCAGUGGAGAACCUCGGGGCUCCACGACUUCCUCCUAACACUGAACACAAAGCUUUUGGCCCCACCAAUCAAUUUGAAGCAUUUUUUCCUCAUAGAACGCAAGUUUCCCUGGCAACAACGAGUAAUGAAUUCCCCUUCAAUUUGCACCUAAUUGCUGAGUGGCAUUUCCUAUUUCUACUCUUGCCCUCUGCUUUUCCUCUGUUUUGUCUGGAAAUCCAGCUUGCUCAGAUAGGAGCACAGUAUCUUGAUUCACAUAAUGAUGUAAAUUAGACACUAAAAAACACUGUCAAUGUGCAUCAGUUUCAUUUCUUCGUUGUCAUGUAAGAGUUUAAUUUCUAUUUUUUAUGGCAUUAUUUUGUAAAUUUUUUUCACAAUGUGAAAUUCAUGGUUAAUAAACAUAAGAGUUUUUUCCUCUUGACUGUAAA